UCUCAGUCCCUCCUGCCUACCCUCUGUACUGCCCCCAGGAUGGGCAGCAGGAGCUGGAGCUGGGCUCUGGUCUGGGCCUCUGUGGCCUUGCUCAUGGUGUGGCCAGCAGAGAGCCAGGGUCAGGCAGAGCUGAGCUCAGAGCAUCCAGAACUCACCGGAGACAGUCAGAAAGUGUAUAGUGCCCCCACAUCCACACCCACGAGGCAUGUCACCUUCAUCCCGCCUAUCACUGCCUUCCCUAGCAUGAGCGCCUUACACCUGGCACACAAUGGGAGAGUGUGCAGCACGUGGGGUGACUUCCAUUACAAGACCUUUGACGGUGACGUGUUCCGCUUCCCUGGCCUCUGUAACUAUGUCUUCUCUUCACACUGCGGGGCCACCUACGAGGACUUCAACAUCCAACUGCGCCGUGGUCUUGAGGGUUCGAGGCCCACGGUCACCUACGUGCUCCUCAGGGCCCAGGGGCUGGUGAUUGAGCUGUCCCAUGGCUCUGUCCUGGUGAACGGACAUCGGGAGAAGCUGCCCUACAGCCGUGCAGGUCUUCUGAUGGAGAAGAGCAGUGGCUAUGUGAAAAUCAGUAUCCGCCUAGUCCUCACCUUCCUGUGGAAUGAAGAAGACAGCGCCCUGCUGGAACUGGACUCCAAAUACACCAACCAGACGUGUGGGCUGUGCGGUGACUUCAACGGGCUCCCAGCUGUCAGUGAGUUCUACACCCACAACACCAGGCUGACCCCUGUGCAGUUUGGAAACCUGCAGAAGCUGGAUGGUCCCACAGAGCAGUGCCAGGAUGUCCUACCCUCAGCUGUCAGCAACUGCACAGAUAGCGAGGACAUCUGCCGUCACACCCUGCUUGGCCCUGCCUUUGACAAGUGCACCGCUCUGGUAGAUGUCAGCAUGUACUUGGAUGCCUGUGUCCAGGACCUGUGCCGCUGUCCCACCUGCCCAUGUGCCACUUUUGCCGAAUAUUCUCGCCAGUGUGCCCAUGCAGGGGGCUACCCACAGAACUGGAGGCGUCCUGAUCUCUGCAAUUGGACAUGCCCUUUCAACAUGGAAUACCAAGAGUGCAGCUCACCCUGUGUGGAUACCUGCUCUAACCCCCAGCGCUCUCAACUCUGCGAGGACCACUGCAUGGAUGGCUGCUUCUGUCCUCCAGGAACUGUGCUGGACGAUGUCAGACAUUUGGGCUGCCUGCCCCUCGAGCAGUGCCACUGUACCCAUGGUGGCCACAUUUAUGCCCCUGGAGAGUCCUUCAACACCAGCUGUAGGUCCUGCACCUGCUUCGGGGGACUGUGGAAGUGCCAAGACCUGCCGUGCCCUGGCACCUGCUCUGUGCAAGGCGGGUCCCACAUCUUUACCUUUGACGAGAAACUCUACAAUGUGCAUGGAGACUGCAGCUACAUCCUGACCAAGAAAUGUGCAGAUAGCGGCUUCACCGUGCUGGUUGAUCUUCGGAAGUGUGGAGUGACAGAUACGGAGAACUGCCUCAAAGCAGUGACACUAAACCUCAAUAGUGGGGACAUGGUCAUCCAGAUCCAGGCCAACGGUGCUGUGUUCCUGAACUCCAUCUUUACGCAGAUGCCCUUGUCAGCAGGCAACAUUACCAUCUCCAAGCCAUCAUCCUUCUUCAUCAUAGUACAGGCGGGAAUGGGGCUGCAGCUUCAAGUGCAGCUGGUGCCCCUCAUGCAGGUGUUUGUCCGGCUGGACCGCUCCUACCAAGGCCAGAUGUGUGGCCUAUGUGGAAACUUCAACCAGAACCAGGCUGAUGACUUCACAGCCCUCAGUGGGGUGGUGGAGGGCACAGGAGCAGCCUUCUCCAACACCUGGAAGACUCAAGCCUCCUGCCCCAACUCCAAGAACACCUAUGAGGACCCCUGCUCAUACAGUGUGGAGAACGAGAACUUCGCCCGGGAGUGGUGCUCGAUGCUCACGGAAAGCUCGGGAGUUUUCUCAGCCUGCCAUGCCACUGUUAGCCCAGUGCCCUUCUACUCGAACUGCUUGUUUGACACGUGUAACUGUGAGAACAGUGAGGACUGCAUGUGUGCAGCCCUGUCCUCCUAUGUGUUUGCCUGUGCUGCCAAAGGUGUGCUGCUCAGUGGCUGGAGGGACAAAGUCUGCUACAAGUACACGAACAACUGCCCCCAAACCAAGGGCUACUCCUAUUCAGUGAGUUCUUGCCAACCUACCUGUCGCUCUCUGAGUGAGGCCGAUGUCACCUGCAGCAUCCCCUUUGUGACGGUGGAUGGCUGCACCUGCCCUGAAGGCACCUUCCUGAAUGACAAGGACCACUGUGUGCCAGUGGAGGAGUGCCCUUGCUACUUCCAUGGAACUGUGGUGGCUCCCGGAGAGGUUGUCACAGACAAUGGUGUGGUGUGCUCGUGUACAAACGGGAGAUUGACCUGCCUGGGAGCCCUGAUGCAGAAGAGCACAGAGUGUCAGGCACCUAUGGUCUACCUGGAUUGUAACAAUGCCUCAGUGGGUCACCAUGGGGCUGAAUGCCUCAAAAGCUGCCACACACUGGAUGUGGAAUGUUUCAGCACACAGUGUGUCUCGGGUUGCGUGUGUCCCUCUGGGCUGGUAGCAGAUGGGAAUGGGGGCUGUGUUGCUGAGGAAGACUGCCCCUGCGUACACAAUGAGGUCACAUAUAGACCUGGGGAGAGCAUCCGGGUAGACUGCAAUAACUGCACCUGCAAGAACCGCCGGUGGGAAUGCACCAACCAGCCCUGCAUGGGUGCCUGUGUGGCCUACGGGGAUGGCCACUUUGUUACCUUUGAUGGUGAACGCUACAUCUUUGAAGGCAGCUGCGAGUAUACCUUGGCUCAGGACUACUGCAGAGGCAACACCAGUACUGAUGGAACCUUCCGUAUUAUCACUGAGAAUGUCCCCUGUGGGACCACGGGAACCACCUGCUCCAAGACCAUCAAGAUCUUUGUGGAGAACUACGAGCUGAUUCUUCAUGAGGGGAACUUUAAGGUGGUAGAGCAAGGGCCAAGUGGAGACUCUCCGUACAAGAUCAGAUUCAUGGGCAUCUUCCUGGUCAUUGAGAUCCGCAGCGGGAUAGUCGUGUCCUGGGACAGGAAGACCAGUGUGUUUGUCCGGCUGCAGCAGCAUUACAAGGGCAAGGUCUGUGGCCUGUGUGGGAACUUUGAUGACAAUGCCAUCAAUGACUUCACCACACGCAGCCAGUCUGUGGUGGGCGAUGUGCUGGAGUUUGGAAAUAGUUGGAAGUUCUCCCCAUCCUGCCCAGACGCCCCAGUUCCCAAGGACCCCUGCAUUGCAAACCCUUACCGCAAGUCCUGGGCCCAGAAAAAAUGCAGCAUCAUCAACAGCGCAACUUUCGCUGCCUGCCACUCUCAGGUUGACUCUACAAAAUACUAUGAAGCCUGUGUGCAUGAUGUAUGUGCCUGUGACUCAGGGGGUGACUGCGAGUGUUUCUGCACCGCUGUGGCUGCCUAUGCCCAGGCCUGCCGUGAUGUGGGAGUGUGCUUGUCCUGGAGGACGCCGGAUAUCUGCCCUCUUUUCUGUGACUACUACAACCCUCAUGGGGAAUGUGAGUGGCAUUAUCAGCCCUGUGGAGCCCCCUGUCUGAAGACUUGUCGGAACCCAGCUGGACACUGCCUCGUUGACCUGCCAGGCCUGGAAGGCUGCUACCCACAGUGCCCACCCAGCCAGCCCUUCUUCAGUGAGGACCAGAUGAAGUGUGUGGCCCAGUGUGGCUGCUACGAUGAUGAUGGAAACUACCAUGACAUUGGCACACAGGUGCCUAAAACUGAGAAUUGCCAGAGUUGUCUCUGCACCCCUGGUGGCCUCCAGUGUGUUUACAACCUUACAGCCUGCACAUGCACCUAUGAGGGCCGCACCUACAACUACAAUGAUGUUGUCUACAACACCACGGAUGGCCUCGGCGCCUGCUUAGUAGCCAUCUGCAAAGACAAUGGGACUAUAGCACGCACAACUGAAGUGUGCCAUGAAGUCCCGUCUACCACACCGUUCACAUUCACCACCACCCUGGCACCCCUUGCCACAAACGGCUCAGCUCCCACUGUGUCUACUGUGUGUGUUCAUGAGGUCUGCCACUGGUCCAUUUGGUAUGAUGAGAGCCAUCCAGAGGCUGGCAUGUCAGGCGGGGACUUUGAAACAUUUGAGAACCUGAGGAAGAAAGGGCACCAGGUGUGCCAAACCCCACUUGGCAUCGAAUGCCGUGCAGUGAAAUUCCCCAGCAUGGACUUGGAGAAUCUGGGUCAGAAGGUAAACUGUGACCCAUCCUCUGGGCUGAGCUGCUUCAACAGUGAACAGAGCCCCCCACUGUGCCACGACUAUGAGAUGAGGGUUCUCUGUUGUGAUUAUGUGCCCUGUGGCUCAUCUCUGACCUUGGGUGUAAGUACCACCCCCUCCCAGCCUGGCACCAGCAGAAGACCCUCUUCGUCUACACUUACCACUCACACAGCAUCCUCAGAAUCACAGCCCUGGACCAGAGAAGAGAAAAAGACAUCAGUGGAUAAAACUCAAAGCUCAAGGCAAACAGUUCCAUUUACCUCAAACAGCAGACCUACUUCACCUCCAUUGUCAUCUAGGAACUCAGCCAGCAGCCUGCCCCUGUCCAGCCCUACCUGGACUACAAGAUUGAAAGCGACCAACGAGAACACAAUGCUUAGCUCACGGACAACAACAGCAUUCACUUCACAAACCAGGUCCAGUUCAAGGCCCAGCACAGUCACACAGACAGUCAGCAGCCCUGAGACCUCCUCCACCACCUGCCAACCCCGAUGUCAGUGGACAAGGUGGAUCGAUGUAGACUACCCUGUGCUCUGUUGUAGUGUUANCCACUGCCAGGGAUCUACCACCCCUGCAGGGUCAGCCCCCACAACAGGAACUGCCCCCACUGCCACUUCUGGGACUGCCACACAUACUUCCUGGCCUGUGUCCAGCGUGCCUACCAGCACCAGCACCACAGAGUCAUUUUCUUCCUCUGGAAAAACCACAAUCCUUACCACAGCUUCUUCUUUAGCCACAGGCACACCCAGAGAGACUCAAACCUCAUCCUUGCUAACCACUGGUCUCUCCUCAGCCCUUACAACCUCAGGGACCACUUCCACAGGGUGUAAAUCUCAAUGCAUCUGGACAGACUGGCUGGACAGUGACAAACCCCAACCUGGCCAGUUUGAAGGAGACAUCGAGACCUACUAUCAUAUUCAGAACAAGACAGGUAUCAAGAUAUGCAAGAAACCCGUGGACAUUGAGUGCGAGGCCGUCCUCUUUCCCAAUGUGUCCUUCCAGAAGCUAGGUCAGGAGGUGGUUUGUAAUGUGGACUUUGGACUCAUCUGUAGGAACAGCAAGCAGAAUGACAACCAAACCUGUUUCAACUACCAUAUCCGUGUCCUCUGCUGUGAGGAAGAUACGAGCUGUAUUGGCACAACUGUACCACUGUCUACAACCUCCACAUCAGCACCUGGGUUUUCCAGCACGGUCUCCACGUCCACAAGCAAGUGGCCAUCACAGGAGCCAAAACCCUCAACUUCAUUCACAACUCAAAGUAGACCCUCUACCCCUAGGACGGAGAAGAUCGUCUCCAUCUCCACAGCUAGGACUACUGGGAGUCUCCCUGCCUCCAGUCUCUCUACCCUUCCAGCCUCUCCCACCAGCCUUCUCCAAACUUCAAAAGAGCCACACUCAGGUAAACCAAGCACAAGUUCAUGGACAGCCUCCUCCAAUGUCCCGAGCACUGCCAAGCCGACCACCUCCACUGGCAAACAGUUCUCUAGAACAAAAACCACAUUGUGGAAUAGCCUCCCUUCUAGUACCCCAACCAUGGCCACCAGAUCCAUCCAUCCCAUUUCUACCACAAUGACAACCAAGAAUCCUCAAACACGAGUCACCAAUGACAUUUCCAAAAGCAACUCUAUCUUGCCUAGUAGGCCCCAUAUCACAACAUCUUCAGCCACAGCAACAAGUGGGAGUCAGAUCAGCAAGUCAUACUUCUCUACCUCCCUGACCACUCCUGGGCCCUCCAGUCCUCCUCAUGGAGGCACUACCACACAUCCAGCCACAGCUGUCUCCAUGACUAGAGCAGUUACUGAGACCCUGUCCUCAAGACCCCAUGCAGGGUCAGCCCCAAUGACUGGAUCAGCAACUACUGCCAGUCAGACCCUGAGUUCUAUGCCUCAUCCCAACACUACUCUGUCCAUGACCAGUCCUCACUCGGCCUCCACCACAGUAGCAACAAGCAUCUCGAGUGUCACAGAAACCAGCAGUCCAAGAAGCGUCUCCUCAAGUCAUUCAACACCCAAGAACUUGCCCGAGACAUUACAGUCGACGACUGGCUUGACAACACAGCAAACUUCGUCAACUGGAAUCUGGACAAGUAUACUUACGGGUACAGCUGGCACUGUCUCCUCAACAUCUCUGUCCACCAGCCUAGAGUCUACCACAGGCAUAACAGAGGUGUCUACCAGUAUACCCAUGACACCUACCCUACCAGUAACUGUGACUAGUGCUACUACCCCCCAGGGCACAACACACUGCCCGCCCAAGUGUAAGUGGACUGAAUGGUUUGAUGUGGACUCCCCGACCUCGGGAGCAGUAAAAGGGGACAUGGAAACCUAUGAAAACAUCAGGGCCUCUGGUAAGAAGAUAUGCCAGGCACCAGAGAAAAUUGAGUGUCGGGCAGAGAACUACCCUGCAGUGAGCAUUGAUAAGGUUGGCCAAGUAGUAAGCUGCAACCUGGAAACGGGGCUGGUCUGCAAAAAUGAGGAUCAGAAAGAUGAUUUCAAAAUGUGCUUUAACUACAAUAUACGUGUGCUUUGCUGUGAUGACUAUAGCCACUGUCCUACUACUCCUUACAGCACCAUCAAGUCUCCCCUGGUCCCUUUCACAACCUCAGUGUCCUUGAGCACGGAGUCCACCUUUCUUACUAACCGUCCCGCCAGCUCUUCAGGGCCAAGCACCCAAGCAUCCACAUGGUCUACGCUUCCUGACUCAGGCUGUGCGCCUCGCUGCAAAUGGACAGAGUGGUUUGACGCAGACUUCCCUAACCCCGGCCCCAGAGGUGGGGACUUUGAGGUCUAUGCAGUAUUUCGUGAGGUUGGCUACAUCUUCUGUGAUCAGCCCAAGGACAUCCAGUGCCGUUCAGAAAAGGAGCCAGACAGGCCCCUGGAAACUCUAGAGCAGGUGGUCCAGUGUGAUGUGCGAUUCGGGCUGAUAUGCAAAAAUAUCAACCAAUCGGGACCUUUGCAGUAUUGUGACAACUACCACGUGCGCCUCCUCUGCUGUGACAACUAUAGCCACUGUACCACGUCACCCAUGGCCACCAUGUCCACUGCUCCUUUUUCCUCUCACCUGCCAUCUACUCACACUGCCCUGGCUUUGAAUACCACGACGUUUCCCCCUGGACUCAGUAGUUCCAGUGAGCCCCACUCCUCUUCCCUGAUGUCUACUCACACCUCCACAAUGUUGACCACCGAGACUUCACCUAUAGCCACUGGCCCCACUGUGGCCCCCUCCUCAACCUCAGGGACCCCUCAUGCCCCCAAAGUCUCCCCCAGCAGCCAGGUGACCUUCAGUGUGUCUACUGCUUCUUCCUCCGUCUUCAGUACCCCCAGGACUGUCUUUUCCAGCCAUACAUCUUUGUCGUCAACCUGCUUCUGUCAGGCAUUUGGGCAGCUGUUCUUACCUGGGGAUAUCAUCUACAAUAAGACUGAUGGAGCUGGCUGCCAAUUCUAUGCCAUCUGCAACCAGUAUUGUGAUGUUGACCGCUUCCAGGGUACCUGCCCCUCCUCUUCACCUCCAAUGUCCUCUACCCCUGCAUCUUUGCCUCCCCUGCUUCCUGGCUGUGAUAAUGCCAUCCCUCCCCGGCAGGUGAAUGAGUCUUGGACCCUGGAGAACUGCACAGUGGCCAGGUGCCAGGGCAACAAUCAAAUCAUUCUCCUCGAGCCAGAGCCUGUGGACAAUGUCACCUGUGCCAACAAGCACUUGCCUAUCAAAGUGUGGGACCAGGAGCCUUGCCACUUCCACUACGAGUGUGAAUGCUUCUGCAGUGGAUGGGGGCACUCACACUACCUGACAUUCGAUGGCACCUCCUAUACUUUCCUGGACAACUGUACCUCGGUGCUCAUGAGAGAGAUCCACCCUCGCCAUGGUAACCUGAGCAUCCUUGCCCACAGCUACUACUGUGGGGCUACCACAAAUGUCACCUCCUGUCCCCGUGCCCUCAGUGUGUACUACAACUCCAUGGAGAUUAUCCUUACCAUCACCACCAAUGAUGGUGGGAAGGAAGAGAGCCUGAUUAUAUGGGACCAGAUGUGGUUACGGUCAGGUUUCAGUAAGAAUGGCGUGACCGUGUCCUUGAGCGGGGCCACCACAAUGAGUGUCAACAUUUCCACCAUUGGCACCAGCAUCACCUUUGAUGGGAACAUCUUCCAGAUAUGGUUGCCCUACAGAUAUUUCAGCAGCAAUACUGAGGGCCAGUGUGGUACCUGCACAAACAGCCAGACGGACGACUGCCGCCGGCCUGAUGGCACCAUAGCUUCUGACUGCCGGGACAUGGCCAAAGAAUGGCUGGUGCCUGGGAACAGUAGCAGCAGCUGCUUAGCUCAGCCUAGCCCUCCCCCCAGCACCACUCCCCAGACCCCAGUGUCCAGCACACUGACCUCCACCCCAUGCCCCUCUGCACCUCUCUGUGAGCUGAUGCUGAGCCAGGUCUUCGCCGAGUGCCACAGGCUCAUCCCUCCAGAUGCCUUCUUCAGAAGCUGUGUCAGUGACCACUGCAAUGCCAAUAUUACUGACACGCUCUGUCAGAGCCUGGAGGCCUAUGCAGCACUCUGCCGGGCCCAGGAUGUAUGCACUAACUGGCGCAAUGCCACUGGAGGGUUGUGUGACCUCUCCUGUCCACCCACUAAGGAGUACAGGCCCUGUGGACCCCUGCAUCCAGCAUCCUGCAACUCGUGGACCCAGGAGCCUUCAAAUGGGAUGCUGGCCGAGGGCUGCUUCUGCCCCGAGAAUCAGCUCCUCUUCAACUCACGCAUGGACAUCUGUGUGUCAGAGUGUCCCUGCGUGGGACCAGAUGGGCUACCCAAGUUUCCUGGAGAACACUGGAUCAGCAACUGUCAGGCCUGUGUGUGUGACCCCGGCUCUGUGUCAGUCCAGUGUGAGCCAGUGAAGUGUGAGAGCCAGGAUGAACCCCCACAGUGCACAGAAGCUGGCUUUGUGACUGUGACCUGGCCCAGUGCUGACAACCCGUGCUGCUCUGAGACACUGUGUGUUUGCAAUUCAACCACCUGCCCCAAGAGCCUACCCACGUGCGAGCCAGGGUAUGAGCUGGUUCAGACCCAUGAGAAUAGCAGCUGCUGCCCCAGCUACAGCUGUCGACCUAAGCUGUGUAUAUACAAUGACACCAUUUAUGGGGUCGGUACAACCUUCCCAGGGGGUCCCUGCCAGACAUGCACCUGCCUCUCUGAUGGCGACCAAGAGCCAAAAGUAGAGUGUAUGGAGACAAACUGUAGCACCUCUUGUCCGCAGGGCUUCAAGUACACGCUGGUGCCAGGGCAGUGCUGCGGGCAGUGUGUGCAGAGUGCUUGCCUCACACCAGAGGGCCAUGUGGUACAGCCCAAUGAAACCUGGGUGAACAGUCCUGUGGACAACUGCACUGCAUACCGCUGUAUGGCUGAGAAUGGAGUCCAUGUGCUGACCCCAAUCCCCACGUCUUGCCCUGAUGUAUCCAACUGUAUGGGAACCCUAAGGAAAACGGGUUGCUGUUACUCCUGUGAAAAAGAGGACUCAAGUACCUGUCAAGUGCACGUAAAUGCAACAAUCCUGAGGCACAAGGGCUGUGAGACAGAGGUCAACAUCACCUUCUGCGAGGGCUCCUGCUCUGGAAUAUCCAAGUACUCCAUGGAGGCUCAGGCCAUGGAGCGCCAGUGCACCUGCUGUCAGGAGAGCAAGGUCCAUGAUGUAGCUGUAACUCUGCAGUGUUCUGAUGGCACAGUCAUCCAGCACACCUAUACCCACAUCGAUGAGUGCAACUGUGCCCCGGCCUGCAGCUCCCUGCCUGGGACUUCCAUGAUUGCUUCCUAG